UCACAAGAACUGAACGUCCCAAAGGAAAUGCGAAUAGCACGAAAUCACAUUCGAAUGCACAGAACAAUUGGUGAGGGAUACUUCGGUCUCGUCAUGGAGGGUGAAAUAUACAAAAAACAAACAUCAUGGACUAGAGUUGCAGUCAAGAUUUCAAAAAGUCAUGUUGAGGGAUCAAUCAGUUUGGCAAAUGAAGCUGUAAUCAUGGCAAAAAUAGGCAUCCAUGAAAACGUUGUCAGGUUAUUAGGUGUCUGCCAUCACAAAGAUUCACUUCUUCUGAUUAUGGAAUACGCAGAGCACGGCAACUUACGUUCACAUCUUCUCUUGCAAAGAAACACAAACGCCGAAGAAUGUACGCACAGUUGUCCAACACAGAAAGCAUUUCUCCAUGCUCUGCAAGUUGCUAAAGGCAUGGCCUAUAUAACAUCUCACAAGUGCAUACAUGGAGACUUGUCCGCUCGCAACGUCCUUGUUGGUGCGGGCAAUGUACUCAAAGUGUCUGAUUUUGGUCUUGCAAAAGAUAUCCAUUAUUACGAGUUUUACAAGAGAAAGACUCCUGGAAUUGUUCCUUUCAAAUGGACAGCCCCGGAGAGUCUAAUCGAUAAAAUAUACACAGAAGCAAGUGAUGUGUGGUCAUUUGGAGUUCUCUUAUGGGAAAUUGCCACACUUGGAGGCUUACCAUACCCUGGAGUCCCAAUUGAGGAACUUUAUGAGCUGCUCACCAAAAGAAACUACCGCAUGAAGCAACCACCCAACUGUUCAAAGAAAUUAUACAAUUUGAUGGUCAACUGUUGGAAUGAACUACCUAACAAUCGUCCAAGAUUCAGUGAUUUGGUUGGACAAACACAGCAAGCAAUGUCAGAACUGGAAAAAUCAGAUACAUUAAUGCAAGAUGCACAGAGGAGUGGUGAAGUGGUUACUGAGUGAACUGGAUGCACAAUCCGUUUUAAUGUCGUCAUGGGAAGACCUAGAGGCACAAAUCCAUUGGCACUAAAUGUCACAUGUUCAUUUAAAAUGCAUACCAUUAGUGUUUUUGUUUGGUGAAAUAAAACUUCAGUACA